UGGAAGGCCUAUGCUGUUGGCGAGAGCCGCCCUUCUCCCGAACUGCAGCUCGGAAACCUUGAUCAGGUUGCGAACUAUUGUUGGUCCAUGCAGCACGACCGGUAGUAGUAACUCCAUGUUCGAUCUGAUUCUUUUGUACAGUGUCUCUUGAUGAAGUGCCAGAAGAUUGCUCUGCACUUGUCUAUUGUGGAAGAGCUUGCCUUGGUGAGGCCGGAUCAUUCAUUCGUGCUUUUCCGUAGACUCUCAGCGCUAUCCGGCAUGGGCUUGCAGGAGGUGUUUAAAAUGGCAGGGGCGUUCAUGGCCACCUCGGCUGAUCCGAGGGGCAUUUGACAUUAUCGAGUUGGCAUUAAAUCGUGAUCGCCUUGUUUCUACAAGUCAGUGCUAUGAUUCUACGUUGAAGCUCGUAAAGGUGAGUUACAUGUAUUUGCAACUAAGUUAAUCGUGCUUGUUAGUUGAUAUUCAGAUCCACGAGUCGACGUUCGAGUUACUCAGGGACAUAAUGAAUCUGCUGUUUGCUUUUGCCAUCUAUCCGGGCUCUGAUGAAACCAGCCAACAGUUCCUCCAGGUUUGCUCUAAUCGGGGAGUCGACCAGCAGUUACGGAUGGUGGCGUGUACUGUAUACCUGUACCUGAGCCUCAUGUUAAAGAUGGUAAGACGAGAGCUUCUUUGUGAUUUGUCCCUGCGAGACUCACUCAGGCGAAACGUUUUGGUGCGGAGGAGCUUAAAUGCGUGGUUCAAAGAGCUAAACCCGCAAUCUAUGGAGGUCAAAGUUGAUCGUGGUGCUUCUAUAACGCGUAGAAGUGCGGUUCCCUACCUAGAGCAUGCUCUACUGGCGACGAAGGACCCCAAGUUUAUUGUGGAAAACGGCCUUCCUUCCGAGCUCUAACGCAUGUAAGAGACUGUACGGUAGAUAAACUGCA